CAAGGAUGUGACGUAACGGCUCUUCUACUCUUGUAUCACCCAAGGAUUCCCUUCGUCCAAACGUCAGGUGAAGAAGGUCCGUAGAGGCGGUUUUCCCGUCCCUCGCGGAUCAGCUGAUGUGAUGACGUGAUACGUGAUAUUUGAAGGAAUUCCGCGUGGAGCAAUGUAGCCUCUUCCUGCAACACAAGUGCACGCAACAUCGGCCAUAUACGUGUUUUCACUGGCACUUCCUCAACCAGCGACGGCGGCGACCUAUACGCAAGCGGGAUGGCACCUUCAACUAUUCCCCUGACGCGUAUUGCAACAAAUUCGACGAAAAUACAGGCAUUUGCCCAGACGGCGACGAGUGCCCUUAUUUACACAGGACGGCAGGGGAUACGGAAAGAAGAUAUCACCUAAGAUAUUAUAAGACUGGGAUGUGCGUUCAUGACACUGACACGCGGGGGAUGUGUGUUAAAAAUGGCCCCCACUGUGCUUUUGCUCAUGGAGUGGAGGAUGUUAGACCGCCCGUGUAUGACAUCCGAGAGCUGCAGGUGUUAGAGAUGAUGGACCAGGAGGGAGUCAAUGGCACUGGCCCAAACAAUUUAGACAAGGAGAGAAAUAUGGUUAAUGAUGAUCCAAAAUGGCAAGAUACUAGUUAUGUUUUAGCAAAUUAUAAGACGGAACAGUGCAAACGACCGCCAAGAUUAUGUAGACAAGGUUAUGCAUGUCCUCAGUAUCACAAUUCUAGAGAUAGAAGAAGAUCACCUAAGAAGUAUAAAUAUAGAUCAACAGCAUGCCCAAAUGUGAAGCACGGGGAUGAGUGGGGGGAGCCUAGUAAUUGUGAGAAUGGUGACGCAUGCCAGUACUGCCACACCCGCACUGAGCAGCAGUUCCACCCUGAGAUUUACAAGUCUACCAAGUGCAACGACAUCCAGCAGAAUGGCUAUUGUCCCCGGGGAGCUUUCUGUGCCUUCGCUCACCUUGACCAGGAGAUGACCCAAGUCAGAGAAACAGCAGCGAGUGAGAACUGCACGGGCACGAGCCUUGCUGACAUUCUUCAGUCUGCACUGCCAGCUGACAAUGUAAGUCUGCCUCCUGCCUCUUCCUGCAGUGUCAGCAGCUCCACUCCAACCUCUAGUAACUCGGAAUGUAAUAACAAACACAAUCAUGGCUUCCAUAUCUUUCCGCAGGGUACAAGUUCAGGUAAUAAUCAAGACUCAGUGUUUGGCAAUGGUCCAAGUCAUUCUCAGACUCCCCUGGCCCCAAUAGGCAGCAAACCCCGUCACUACAGUGGAAACACUUUACUGGGCGGGCAGAAUGACCCCCUAGGCUUGAAUUUAGGCAGUAUUGGUGUGGGCAGUUUAGGAUCUUACCACAAAGCCCCAGGCUCAGAGCGUGAAGACCGGGAAGCCAACCUCAAGAAGCAAUUAGCAGCCAUCGACAGUGAUCCCACUUUAGACCCAUUAGAAAAGAAUAAGCGGAAACAAAGCUUAUUCCUGUCAAACAUGGUACCCAGUCACCCCCCUGUGGCCAGCUUACCCGUCACUUUGCCUGUCACGUUACCAGUCUCCAUGCCCGUCACACCCUCCUCCUCCUUCGUCUCAUCACUGCCUUCUAGUUUGUCAUCAACUGUGUCUCCUCUGGCACCACCAUUCUACCCAACCAGUGAUACGGUAGAAUCAGUAGUAGGAAGUGCAUUAGAAGAUUUGAAUUUAGAUGAACCAUUGAACAUCGCAGCAUCUUUAGAUAGAGAAUUAGAAGUCGAAUCUAAUUCUAUAAGUAAUUCUAUAUCAACGGGUUUAGCUAAUUCAGGUUUACUUGGCUCAAGCGCCCCAGUUAACAUCCCCGGGUCCAGUUUCCAGCAGGACCGCUCAGGUGGUCUCAUCAACCCAUCACCCUCAUCGACAUCCUCCCCAGCCUUUCCACACUCCUUCCUUCAGUCGUCGCUUCAUAGGGAGAACUCACUUGAUCACGGUGUGGCCGCAUUAUUGGGUGUGAAUGGAGUUGGCAAGAUCUCUGGGACGGGGUUCCCAUCUACGAGUGGGGGUGGUGGGGGUGGCCUCUUUGACCUUGGCACCAACAUGUCCCCACACACACGCAACCCCCUUAGCAACCCCUUAUCACAGUCACCACUCAUGGCACCCUUCUCUGGCAACAGUAGCUCUUCCAGCUCAGAGAUCCAGCGGUUACGGGAAGAGCUGGCUACUAAUAGGGCAAAGUUGGCAUCAUGGGAAGAAGGCAUUGCACAAGCGCGGACGGCGUGUGAAGCAUGGAGAAGAGAAGCAGACGAUGCUAAUAGGAAAUUCAAAUUAUCCGAACAAACCAAAGAGGAGUUUGCAGUCAAGAUAGCUGCCCAGCAGAAGGAAAUGGAGGAACUAAAGACCGGAGGAUUAGGCCCUUAUGUGCAAGCUCUCCACCCUCACAGCGACCUAGAGAAUCUGCCUCUCCAUACCCUAAAAGCUUUGCAGUCACAGCUGCGCCAAGAUUUAGAAUCUGUAGAAAAGGUAAUAAACAAUUAUGGCCUCAAGACAGAACAGUGGCCAGGCGUGGUGUCUACAUGGUAAGGACAAGCAGUUUAGAAACCAAGUCAAGAUGGCAGGCCUUUUGACAGCAAAAAAAUUAUUAAUAAGGACAAUAGAAAUGAAGAGAAAAAGUACACCAAGUGAUGACUAACGUUGCCUUGGUCCCUGCCGGCUCAUGUUGGUAGUCUCAUAGAAGCAUUAUCGAUAGGCUAUUUUUGCACGUGAAGUGACGUACAAUUUUUAAUUUAUGGAAAGUGAAGUUUUCCUUCAACCUCUACCAUGGAACUAUUUGCUUUUGUUGUGGUUGUUGAUGGAAAGAGAUCUUCAUCCGAUUCCAAAGGGCCAAAGAGACGUUUUAGGGACAUUUUGAGUGCAGGGUCCAGCCCCCCCCCCCUCUCUGUGCGGGUCCUGUGCAAUGCAGCCAAGUGUCACCCUGGGAGAUUUAUUAUGCAAGAGUCUAGGACCCGAAAGGAUCGACCGUCUCGGCGGGAAACGUUUUAACCUUCAAAACCUCGGGGCCAGUGGCGAUGGGGCGGCGAGGAGUGCGGCAAGGCGGUGCACCACCCGCCGGGGAUGGGAGAGGUGCUCUCUCUCUCUCUCUCUCUCUCUCUCUCUUCUCUCUCUCUCUCUCUCUCUCCUCUCUCUCUC